AUGUCCGAGUCUGGCAAGUCCGAGAAGUACAUGGAUCUGACUAGGUUCAGCACUCCGGUGCCUGAGCUGGAUGAUCAUCGAUUUCAUUUGGAAAACCAGCCACGCAUUGAGGCGACUCCCGACAUGGCCCUGAGCCGUCAAAACACUGCUCCGCAAGGAAUAGUCGAGAUACCGCAACGGCCCGACCUUCUGCAAGCUCAAGAUGUCUAUAGAGAUUCAGGGCCGUUUUCGCGGGACUUCGAACAAGCAAUAAUGGACGAUGAUCGAUCUGCGAAUGAUUUGAAUGCUAUUGGGCGCCGCUUUUCUGUCGAUCCCGCUGGGAAUGCCCGGCAUGUUCGGACAUACAGCCGCACGCAUCAAGACAUUGGAAACAGGUCGCGAAAGAGUUCAGUUUCAGCCAGAUCAUCAUCGCCUCCCAAUUCGGUUGAUGCAUUCGCAGACCCUCGUCGCCGAGAGCGCGCAAACACCCUAGAAAGCCACGGAGCCCCAGAUCUGGAGGCUAUCCUCCAGCGUACAGUCUCUGGUGGUACCAGACGACCAACUUUCAGCAAUGCUAGCGUUAUCCGACCCCAACCAGGUGACAUUCAGCUGGAUGUUACGGAGGAUACAUGCGUGCCUCCAUUUGAAGAACCCGGAAGGAUUCCAGUUAUUGACUACGAAGAAUUGGAGGAAUUCGUAGCGUUGAACCGGAGAGCGAAGCCUUCAAUCAGCCGACGGAAACAUAGCUUGAGCUCACAAGGAAGGUACUCGCGGGUUUUUGAAGACCUUCGUCCAGGCGCCGGAAGUGCGAGUGAAGCUGAUGAGAAACGCUCCUCGAGUGGGGAACUAUCCAUCGAGGACUCGAUGCCGCCCAAGUUCAAUGAAAAGAUUUUUGACAACGCAAACGAGAAGGGUCUACUGGACAAAUUGAAAAAUGCAAACGAGCCAACGCGCUUCGGCUUCUUUUCUUCCGAGUCGCAGAGUACCGUACACGCGGCGGAGUUGGGGGAUCUGGUCCUUCCGGGGGACACUUUCAGAGAUCUCUUUCAACUUGGGCCAGACGGCGGUGUUUGGUGGCUCGAUGUUUUGAACCCAACCGAGGCUGAAGUGAGCGCUCUUUCAAGGGCGUUCUCCAUUCACCCUUUGACGACAGAAGAUAUUCUGACACAGGAAUCGCGCGAAAAAGUCGAGCUUUUCAAGCAGUAUUACUUUGUCUGUUUUCGGACAUUCUACCAACUCGAGAAGGACAGUGAACGAUUCAUGGAGCCGGUAAACUUCUAUAUGGUUGUUUUUCGCGAUGGCGUUUUGUCUUUCUCUUUUACGGAGAAUCCCCACGCUGCCAAUGUCCGAAGAAGAAUUGGAAAGCUCCGUGACUACGUGUCGCUCAGCAGCGAUUGGAUCUGCUAUGCUAUGAUCGAUGACAUAGUAGAUAGCUUUGGCCCCGCGAUUCGGGAAAUCGAAGUUGAAACCGAAGCGAUUGAAGACCUUGUGUUUAUUGCGCGCAUGGAUGACUUCGAAUCAUUCUUACCCCGCAUUGGCAAUUUACGGAAGAAAGUGAUGAGCCUGAUGCGACUCCUGGGUGGUAAAGCUGAUGUUAUUCGCGGGUUCUCGAAGCGCUGCAAUGAGCAAUAUUCAGUGACACCUCGCGGUGAUAUUGGGCUUUACUUGGGUGACAUUCAAGAUCACGUUGUGACCAUGAUGUCUAAUCUGGCCCAUUUUGAGAAAAUGCUCAGUCGAUCUCAUACUAAUUAUCUAGCUCAGUUGAACGUGACAAACUUGGUCCUGGGGAACCACGCGAACAAGGUCCUGAGCAAGGUGACGCUUAUUGCAACUAUACUAGUCCCAAUGAACCUCAUCUGCGGUUUGUUUGGAAUGAAUGUCCAUGUACCCGGACAAGACGUCCCGGGAUACGGAUGGUUCUUUGGCAUUGUUGGGGUCCUUGCUGCAGUUGUUGUCAUCAGUGGCCUGGCUGCUCGGUUCUAUAAGCUUGUGUAA